GGAAAAUGAGGAUGGAGAACCGACACCAUCAUUCUGUAUUGAAGUUUGCGGGUACAACUGUGCAUUAGGAAGUCUGUUGCAGUUUCCGACCAUGGAUCACUAUGUUCGUCAGAAAUUAACUGAAUGGGGUCUUAGGGACUGGAUAGAAACAUUUCAAGAUCAAGAGGUUGAUGAGGAAAGCUUUCACUGUCUAGGUAAUACAGACAUCGAUAACUUGAUCACAAAGGUUGGACCAAGAGCAAAAUUCAAGAAGAAAUUCCAGCUGCUAAAGGGGGGGCCUGGAGAAACGGCAGAUCCUGCUCAAGUUUUAGCCAACAAUAACACAAGUGGUCAAGAAAAAAGACAGGUGGAGCUUCAGGGAGAGUCCAGCAGACCACCAACUAAGAAACAGCGACAUGACACCUCAUACUCUGAGAAAUUCAUGCUUUCUUAAGUGAAAACCAUCAUGACGUGUAUCCAUAACAAACUACAGCAGCAAGACAAAACAGAGCUAAAUGAAUUCCUGAAGGAGAAAAUUUGUGAGUUGGAGACAGAAAAGAGGGAGAUGGUCUGCAUCUUUGGAAAAACAGGGGCUGGAAAGAGCUCUUUAAUAAAUGCUGUCAUUGGAGUGAAGGAUCUCUUGUCUUCAGGAAGUGUCAGUGCGUGUACCUCAGUCAUGGUUAAAGUGGAGGCUAACACAAAGAACAAGAAUUAUGAGGCAGAGAUUGAAUUCAUCUCAAAACAGGAGUGGAAGCAUGAUUUGUGGUUCUUGUUAACUUUCAUCUUAAAUGAUGAAAGACAUGAAGACGAUACUGAUGAUUACAAUGAUGCCGUGGAAGUGCUGUCAGCGGUGUACGGAGAAGACUGGGAAAAAAACAGUUCCCAAGAAAGUCUCUGCAAUGACAAACACUUCAGAGAAAUCCCAGAAUUCAUCCAGUCCAGGAAGAAGACCUUGACCUGUGAAUCAGCUGGAGAGCUGUCUGCGAAACUUGUCAAAUACACAAGAAGUGGCUCAAAAGAUGGAAAAGGUACAGAGGUAAAGAGAUGGUUUUGGCCCCUGGUGAAGUGUGUGACUGUCCGGGUUCCGAAUAAUGACUUCCUCCAGCAUGUCACUCUUGUGGACCUACCUGGAAGUGGAGACCGCAACAAAAGCAGAGAUAAAAUGUGGAAAGGGGUUGUUGGAAGCUGUUCCACUGUGUGGAUUGUGGCUGAUAUUGACAGAGCAGUAUCAGAGAAAGAACCAUGGGAGAUCCUGAGAAAUGCCAGCAGCCUUAUGGGAAAUGGAGGCCAGUGUCAGCAAAUUCACUUCAUCUGCACCAAGUCUGAUGUUACUGAGGAUUCAGAUAAUCCGUAA